AUGCGCGCUGAUCGACACAUGCGCGUGCGCCGCCGUUGUCCAGACGCCGCGCGCGCUCCCUCGACACGAUGCAACUACAAGAGAUAUUUAGACUCUAUGGAGAGAGUGCCGGCCGUGUACGUGCCGUCGCGGACGGGCAAGUCUCUGCUGCUUCACGACGGGUACACGUUCUACCUGAAGAACUUACAGGCGCAUGGCCGCAAGCAGUGGUACUGUUCGUCGCGAGACAUGGCCGGUUGCCGGGCUGACGUCAUCACCGCGCCUGCCAACACUGGCAACGGUGACGUCCUCUUCUUAGUACGUGGACGCCAUAUUCAUGGCCCCCCUAACUACUACUUCACGCCUGAUGAACCUUUUUUUGUAACGUCGCGUCGAGGGAAUCCUAUGAUUAUUUAUGAGGGUAUGAACUUUAUCCGAGAGAGGACAAUUAAUGGUUCUGAAUGGCAAAAAACCAGAUGGGUUUGCGGUAGAAAACGACGUCUUAAGUGUAUUGCAACAGUGACUACGUUAGACGGCGUUGUAAUAAAAAAAUAUGGUCAUCAUAAUCAUAGCUAA